AUGAAAGCGUAUCCACGCAACGAGAAUCCACGCAAUCAAAGAAACUUCAAUGGUGUAGAACCUAAAGUAACGAUAAGAAAAUAAUGAGUUAAAGGUUAAACGCAAUUCGUGGCGAAAUUGAGGGAUUGUAUCUCUUACUCUAGGCGUCAAUACAUGGCCAAAGCACUUUCCAACGUGUGGAGGAACUAGCCAAUCGCCAAUAAACAUCAACAACCCAACGUACAGAUACUUAGGAAAUAUCUGGUUCACCAACUAUGGUGCUAUCCCAUCAAACGUGCAAACAACUGCAACAAAUAACGGUCACAGUUACAGUGUGACAUUCACUGGCUACACAGACAGUUCUAACCCGAAAAUCGCAAACGGAGGCUUGCCUGGAGUUUUCAAACUGGAGGGACUUUAUUUUCAUUGGGGGAGUGACGAUAGCCAGGGAUCUGAACAUCGCGUAAACAACAUGGCUUUCCCAGCUGAGGUGGGUAUAGGUGCAUCAUCUAUGAACUUUAGUACUGUUGUAGAAUUAAAUUUAUACUAGACUUUUAUGGAGAACAAUCUGAAAUUAUUCUUUUCAUUUCCAGUUACAUUUGGUGCAUCUCAAUACGAAAUAUUCCAGCGUUCCUGAAGGCCUGAAGCAUGGUGAUGGUCUGGCUGUUCUCAACGUUCUUCUUAGGGUUGGGAGUCCAAUCUAAUUAGCAUAAUAUACGUCACUAUAAAAAACUCAACCAGUUUGCGUCGAAAAUUGUAUAGCUUUGUCUCAAGUUCGGUGCUUAAGGCUGAUUUCCACUGUUGCGUUUUUCGUACGCACGUACAAGCACGUAGAACUUUCAAUCCUUCUAUUUUUUAAAUAUUUUACAAAUAAGUUAACAAAUGCAUACUAAAACUUGCGGAACACUAAAUUCUGUUGCUUUGUUUAUUUGGUUAUUUCAUAAGUAACAUUUAAACGGAUUUAAAGUUUUACGUGCGUAUACGUACGUAUGAAAAACGCAACAGUGGAAAACAGCUUUUAAACAUCAAAUUCUGAUCAUUUCUACUCUAUAAUUUACUUUGUGAUUAUUUUGAUUAACUGACCUUUUCCAUUUGCUAAACAUUAUAUUUAUGCAUGACCCGGCAUGUUUAACGUUUUUUAGGAUCCCAGUCAAUCUGGUAGGGGCCCUAACGGAGCAAUAACUGCUUUAAAUAUUUGGCUACGUUUUAUCUAUAAAUAAACAAAUAAAUUUUCUUUACAGCGAGGACGACACAAUUACAAUUACAAUUUUCUAAAUCGCGCGGCACAACAAGUCCCCUACCCAGGUAUGUGAACAAUAACAAAUUAUAAACAAACAAUAACAAGUCAAAAACAGCAAACAAACAACAAACACACAAACAAACAGCAAACAAACAUACAAACAAACAUACAAACAAACAUACAAACAUACAAACAUACAUACAAACAAACAAACAAACAAACAAACAAACAAACAAACAAACAAACAAACAAACAAACAAACAAACAAACAAACAAACAAACAAACAAACAAACAAACAAACAAACAAACAAACAAACAAACAAACAAACGCGAACUUACCAACAAACCAGGUUUAUUGCGUAUGUUAGGAACCCCAUGCAUUUUAAUAGAUACAUUCCGGACUAAAAAUGUAUAUACAUUUGUUCAACGCUCUAUCAAUAUUAUAUCAAUACUUAUAUCAAUACUCUAACAAUAUUACUACUACUAAUAUCAAUAUUACAGUGAUAGUAUCAAUAUUCUAUCGAUGUUAGUGAAACAGACGCCAUCGGUUCUGACAAUACAUAAUUCUCAUCAUUAGAAAAUUUAUAAAACUGAUACCUUUCUAAUAUGAACAUUUUCUAAUGUGUCCCUUCAUUCUUCGCAUUCUUGGUUUGCACUUGAGUCUGGACGUCGUCAUGGUGACCAUGUUGGAGAAACGCUAAUAAAAUAAUGUCAUUAGCAGCUAUUGUGUUAUAAAUCUCAAAAGAUUGAACGCAAACUUUAACUAGCAAUUAUGAUCAUCACAUUUCUUUUCAUUUAGGCAACAAAGCAAACAUUGCUGUCUCCUCAAUAGCGGAUUUACUCCCCAAUGAUAAAUCAUUCUAUCGCUACCAAGGAUCAUUGACCACCCCUGAAUGUCAACAAGUUGUCACGUGGACUGUAUUUGCCAACACUGUUGAAAUCUCUGAAGCACAGGUAACCAGCACGUUAUAUCGUGUGAAAUUGUUAAUUGAAAACGUAUAUUUUUUUCGGGUAGUUCAGACACAAACCACGACAUCUUAUUGUAGAAUACUACCCACAAUGGACCACCACGUUCGAGAUAUCUAUUUCAGGUAGCUCAGACACAAACCACGACAGCUUAUUGUAGAAUACUACCCACAAUGGACCACCACGUUUGAGAUAUCUUUUUCAGGUAGUUCAGACACAAACCACGACAGCUUAUUGUAGAAUACUACCUACACUGGACAACCACGUUUGAGAUAUCUUUUUCUGGUAGUUCAGACACAAACCACGACAGCUUAUUAUGGAAUACUACCUACACUGGACCACCACGUUUGAGAUAUCUUUUUCAGGUAGUUCAGACACAAAACACGACAGCUUAUUGUAGAAUACUACCCACAAUGGACCACCACGUUUGAGAUAUCUAUUUCAGGUAGCUCAGACACAAACCACGACAGCUUAUUGUAGAAUACUACCUACACUGCACCAUCACGUUCGAGAUAUCUUUUUCAGGUAGUUCAGACACAAACCACGGCAGUUUAUUGUAGAAUACUACCUAACCCCACGUUUUAUGUUUCUUUUCCAGCUGAACGCAUUACGUGGUAUGAAAUAUCGUGAUCCAGUGAACCACCAGUUGAAACAGCUGGUGAAUAACUACAGACCCACUCAGCCACUAAAUGGUCGUAGGGUGUUGGCUAACUUUAGAAGCAAUAACCAUGACCAACACGGCGGGGGACACCACGGCGGGGGACACCAUGGCAGGGGAUACUACGGAUGGGGAUACCGUGGCUACCAUGGCUACCACGGAGGGCGACACCAUGCAGGCUACGGAAAAUAAUUUCAUAUUCCUUGCAAGCUUGGUGCUGGUUUUACUACGAUUUUUUUAGAAACAUGUUAGACGUUUCAUAGAAUUUGACAAUUGAGGUUUAUUUUUAUGCGCACCAAAAAGGCUGCCUAGUAAAUAUUAAGGCAUCACUGAGCAUUCGUAAUUUCAACAAUAAUUGUAAUAUUUAACAUACAGCACUCAUAAUUCAUAUUAUCGUUGUAUUUAACUUAGAAUCUUACAAAUAAAUGCACAAAAAAUCGACUAAAUGUCAGACUUUAUAGACCAAUUAAGAUCAGACAUUAUAGACCAAUACAAAAGUGAAUCAAUUAGUAAGUUAGUUAAUUAGCUAGUUAACUACUUAAUUGGUUAAUUAACUAGCGAAAUGGUUAGUUAGCUGGUUAUUUAGGUUGUUCAUUAGAUGGUUAAUUGCUAGUUAGUUGUAGUAAUCAGUUAGCUAAUUGUUACUUAUUUGUAGCUGAAAAAGCACACGCGCAAACAAAAUGGAAACUUUCAUAUAAACGGCGCUUUUUCAAUUGUUAAAGAUGUGGUACGGUCCGUCGUGCGCAUGCGUGUGAUAUAAACAGUUUACCAAAGGUUGUAUUUUUUAAAAAAAAUAUGAUAAUGCAGCCUUGAUAAUUUGUUUCACUCUCGAAUAUAUUAUGUCACCGAUUUGUACAUGAAGUUCAUUAUUUGGAUACAAAAUUGCAAACAAGGCCACAUAAAUGAUUCUUGAUUCUCUCAUUCUCAUCACCGCCCGACUGUAUUUUAAGAGCCUCGUGAAUAUAUGUUUUAUAUUCUGUUAUACAAUAUAAAUGCACCGCCCGACAAAAUAUUUCGACAAAGUUAUAUUUUAAAUUGGGUUUCGGUGUCAUCUUAAACAGCGAACUUCAAACAAAGAGAACCUCGAAAGAAAUUUCAUUGCAUUUUAAAGGGUUUUGCACGUCAGUUUCAAAAUUGUGUUCGGCUUUUUUCAAAUUUUGGAUAUUUCAAUAAUAAGGGCAAUAAGAAGCACUUCACUCAAACGAUUCAGAAAUAUAUUGCAGUCGUCAAAGAAAUCGCUCAAUGACGAAAUAAACAAAAAUUUCCGAACACAAUCUUUUAGAACAACUAUUUUACUGUAUAAAAAUGAUAUUUUCAUAAAUAUAUCUUUAAACCAGGAAAACAACUUUUGAAAGCGCAAAGGUACACCAGCAAUUCCUGAAUAAUUCUUACAUUAUUUUAUUGUUUGUCAAUUUUACAACUUUACCAUAUUUUGCAUGCACUGGCGAGCAUUUGGUGAAAAUUUGAUGAAAAUUGGACUGAUUUUGAGCGCGCAGUAGCGACUUUCCGCAAAACGCCAAAAAGGGUGCAAGUGUCCAGCAACCAUAAACUCCCUAUAGUCCAUGAAGAUACGUUAGAGAUGACACAUGGAGUUGAAAUCACAUCACACAUGGAGUUGAAAAAAAUAUUUAUGAAUGCAUAAAGAAAACCAAGCCUGGUAUUAAAGCCAUGUCUAUAAACUUAUAAUAUCGUUGUGUGAUCUGCUUGUCAACAUUUCUCCAAUAAGUUCUACACGGCCCUUUGAAAACCAGUACUGUGAAUACUUAUCCACUGAAUCAGGCUACCGUGUGUGAAGAAUUUAAAUUAAAGUUAAAAACUCAUUAAUAAUUCAUGAAAAAAAACACAAAGAAAAUCAUCUGAUGUUCCUUGCAAGCUUGUUGCUGGUUUUACUAAGUUUUUUUAUAGAAAUUGAUAGUUGAGGUUUAUUUUUAUUCCACUGUUUUACAAGUAUUCUUAAGAACUGCACGUGUGCACCAAAAAGGCUGCCUAGACCUAGUAAAUAUUAAAGUAUUCACUGAGCAUUCAUAAUUUCAACAAUAGGUUGUAACAUUUAAUGUGCACCCAUAAUGUAUGUAUGUUAAUUUCAUAAAUAAAUGAAAAAAAGUAAGAUAUUGUUAUGUUGUUAUUUUUGCGUUACCUAUAUACGCUGAAGUAAGUACCAAAAUGUCAUUACAUUCAAAGUCAUAUCAGUUCGAUGCGUGGUUGUGGCUGCGCCAGACAGAAUCAUACAUUCUGAUUCACAAGAUUAGAAGCGCCAUUUGGCUUCAUAAUUCAUAAUAGCAUAACAAAACUUGUGAUUGUAGGCCCAUAAUGAAAAAUAUUGGGAAACCAAUAAUGUAUGUUAGCCUCGUUAAAUAAAGUCAUAUUAUUAUUAUUAUUAAUUCAAUUUUCCUGGGAGGGGGAAGGAGGAAGUUGCCCCUCCCCUUCACAAGAGCAGUUGAGAUUGUUCCAAUCUACAAGCUGAUAACAGGUGAGGGUUUUAAUCGCGGUUCUUUUACCCAGAGGGUCUUAGCUAGAAGACCAUGUUUCUAUGAGGCCAAAAAUUUGAAAAGCAUGCAUGGCAAUAGAAAGUGAACGUCGAUUGAAAAUGACGAAAAUGGGAGAAAGGAGAAGUCAAGCCGUGUGGGUUCAUAAAAUAAUUUUUAUCCAGAUUACCCAUAGGCAUCAUAUGCGUGUUUUUCAGUGGGGUCCUCUAUCAAAACAACACUUAUUUACAAUAUUAAUUGUCAAUCUUUAAACCGUAUAGAAAUAUACGUAUAUAUAUACAUGCACGGUACAAAACAAAUGAUUAAUUUAUAAUUAAUAAAUUUUCAAUCUAGUCAGUAAGCGCAUGAAACAUGCCUCGAAUGGCUAGGAAAGAAUCGAUCGAUUCAGGGUGUGUUGCUACUUAUAACGUAAAAUGAGAUGAUGGUGUUGUGUGGUGUUAUAUACAUCACAGUUUUCAUAUAAAUUGUCAUUGUUGUUCUCAGCCUGUGUUCCACCGUUGACGUUGUGGACUGGAACACAGGCUAAAUUGUUUUUUGUUCUCUCGUUGGUCGGAAGUACACGCGAGUAACUUGGCUGCCUCUUUUCUCCGUAUUAACAUUUUUUAAAUUUUUUUUUAACAUAAUUGCAUUUACCUCCGAGAGCAACUAAUUUUAGAGAGAAAUUAUUUCUAAAUUAAUCCAUUAAAAACCUCGCAGUGGUCAAUGCAGCGUAAAAAAAGGAAAAUUUUUACCGUCUGACAUUGACUUUCAUUGUUAAUGAAGAAAAGAAAGGAAAACGUAACAAAGGUAACAAAGAAAAUCAUCUGAUGUUCCUUGCAAGCUUGUUGCUGGUUUUACUAAGUUUUUUAUAGAAAUUGAUAGUUGAGGUUUAUUUUUAUUCCACUGUUUUACAAGUAUUCUUAAGAACUGCACGUGUGCACCAAAAAGGCAGACUAGACCUACUAAAUAUUAAAGUAAUUCACUGAGCAUUCAUAAUUUCAACAAUAGGUUGUAACAUUUAAUGUGCACGCAUAAUAUAUGUAUGUUAAUUUCAUAAAUAAAUGAAAAAAAGUAAGAUGUUGUUAUGUUGUUAUUCUUGCGUUACCUAUACGCUGAAGUAAGUGCCCAAAUGUCAUUGCAUUCAAAGUCAUAUCAGUUCGAUGCGUGGUUAUGGCUGCGCCAGACAGAAUCAUACAUUCUGAUUCACAAGAUUAUAAGCGCCAUUUGGCUUCAUAAUUCAUAAUAGCAUAACAAAAUUGGGAAAAAUAUUGGGAAACCAAUAAUGUAUGUUAGCCUCGUUAAAUAAAGUCAUAUUAUUAUUAUUAUUAAUUAAAUUUUCCUGGGAGGGGGGAAGGAGGAAGUUGCCCCUCCCCUUUACAAGAGCAGUUGGGAUUGUUCCAAUCUACAAGCUGAUAACAGGUGAGGGUUUUAAUUACGGUUCUUUUACCCAGAGGGUCUUAGCUAGAAGACUAUGUUUCCAUGAGGCCAAAAAUUUGAAAAGCAUGCAUGGCAAUAGAAAGUGAACGUCGAUUGAAAAUGACGAAAAUGGGAGAAAGGAGAAGUCAAGCCGUGUGGGUUCAUAAAAUAAUUUUUAUCCAGAUUACCCAUAGGCAUCAUAUGCAUGUUUUUCAGUGGGGUCCUCUAUCAAAACAACACUUAUUUACAAUAUUAAUUGUCAAUCUUUAAACCGUAUAGAAAUAUACGUAUAUAUACAUGUACGGUACAAAACAAAUGAUUAAUUUAUAAUUAAUAAAUUUUCAAUCUAGUCAGUAAGCGCAUGAAACAUGCCUCGAAUGGCUAGGAAAGAAUCGAUCGAUUCAGGGUGUGUUGCUACUUAUAACGUAAAAUGAGAUGAUGGUGUUGUGUGGCGUUAUAUACAUCACAGUUUUCAUAUAAAUUGUCAUUGUUGUUCUCAGCCUGUGUCCCACCGUUGACGUUGUGGACUGGAACACAGGCUAAAUUGUUUUUUGUUCUUUUGUUGGUCGGAAGUACACGCGAGUGACUUGGCUGCCUCUUUUAUCCGUAUUAACGUUUUUUAAAUUUUUUUAACAUAAUUGCAUUUACCUCCGAGAGCAACUAAUUUUAGAGAGAAAUUAUUUCUAAAUUAAUCCAUUAAAAGCCUCGCAGUGGUCAAUGCAGCGUAAAAAAAGGAAAAUUUUUACCGUCUGACAUUGACUUUCAUUGUUAAUGAAAGUCAAUGUCAGACGGUGUCCGCAAAUGAUGCUUGCGCGAGGAACCAUGAACAGCCACUCCUUCGCGCGAGCAUAUAAAAUUGGUGCCUUCAGUGGCCAGCUGCAGUCGGGGUGGCUUUCAAGACAUAACGGUCAACAUCGAAGUUCAGCGCGCUUUAUAUUUGGAUUGAUUUGAUCAGGUAUGUCAUUGUUGAAAUGUAGUCGUUUCUUGUUUGCUUAAACUUGUGUCAUAAGACAAUACCGCGGUUCGCGUUAAUAUGCCAUGUAUGUAUGUAUAUAGAGACGCUAUCCUCAUCAGCUAUACGGCUGGUUUUCAUGAGGGGCGUCUAUUUAGCUAUUUAAAAGUAUAUAAAAAUGAAGAAAAAACUAAUUAACCCACAGACCCAAAAAGAAUAUUACCCAGAACAUAAUAUGUAGUUACAAAUGGAAUAACAAUUAAAAACAAAAUUCAAAUAAGUCUUUUGAAACAAUAAAUCGAAUGAGCAGACUUAGCCUCAGCAGAAAGGCUAUUCCACAGUACAGCUCCACUAUACCUAAAGCUUCUUUUAAGAAAUUCUUUCUUAGGUUUUGGAAGUGAGAGAUCUGUAUCAUAAUUUCUGAGAUGAUAGUCAUUAUCAUUAUUGCUUCGUGCAGAAAAGAAUUCUCGAAGACAGGGGGCAGUACCUUUAUUAAGAAUGUUGUAUACCAGAACCACUUUAUUAAAUCUAAAUCUGUUUUCAAGAUUUUUUCAGUUAAGCCGUUCAAGGAGCUCAGAGGAGUUGGUAUCAUAACUUACUCCCGUCAACACCCUUGCAGCUCUAUUUUGGAAUCUCUGUAGUUUUUCUUUUAGUACAAUUCCGCAAUUAUCCCACAAAGGGGAGCAAUAAUCAAAGUAUGGCAGACUUAACGCCUUAUAGAUGAUGUGCAGGGUUUCAUUGGGGGCGAAUGGUUUUGUCUUAGUUUUAGUAGUAUGGUGUUGCAGUUUGUUAUCCGAGAGCCAUCUACUAAUAUUUUUCAAAUCAGAGUUUAAUAGUUCUACCAGUUCAUCAUAAUUAUCAGACGAGGCAAAUAUGUGCGUAUCAUCAGCAUAUAAACCCGGAGUUGUAAAUUUAAAAUUUUAAAUGAUAAAUAAAUAUAUAUAUGAAAAUAAAGAUGUAUUAACAAGGGAAUUUAUGAAUCCAAACAAACAAGAUUUAAUUGAAAAGCUAUCUUUGCAAUGAUCGCGUUCUUGCAAGGUUUGCGCAUUCCGAAAUGACGCAGCGUCGGAUGAGAAUGCAGUUGAAUGAUAACAUGUAUAGCUCCUGGAUGAAAUAUUUACACCAUUACGAGUAGCAUUUCUAUAGUGCAAAUGUUGAUACUUGAUAUGGUCAAAUGCGCAUUACAUCAAGUAUUGCGCUUACCUAAUUACAUACUUAGCCUAGACUAUUUUGUCUUUACAACAAUUGUGAUAUUACUUUCUUAACUGUGUUUAUCCUAACCCACCCUGUCAACUUUCCCUGUGCGAGGAAACCGGAGCGGCACCCGGAGAAAACCCUGCACAAGUUUCGGCAGAGCGUUGACCCGACUUUUUUCUGCGGAUAAAGUAUUCAACUGCCCCCCUCCCACUAUGCAAUUAUAUUUUUGCGGGUAAUGUCCCCCCAUACGUAGUGAACGAAAAAUGCUCAGAUUUAUAAAGAUUUUUUUUUGAAAUCUUUUUGUCAAAUUCUGUUAGAAAAACUAUUUCGUAAUUGCAUGUAAUUCAGAAGAAUAACGCACAUACUAUACGUAAAUUCAAGUGAAAACCUAAAGUGAACAGCUACAGGCUAGGAUGUAUAAUGUUUUUAAAAAAUGCACUUAAUUACGUUCAUAGAACGAAAUGCUUUACAAUGGUGGUGUGGACAACGUUUUCCAAGUUUUUCAUGAAUUCGGUUGACGCAUUUUAACUUAUUCAAUUCUUUCCAUCAUUGCAUCAAUCCUAUAUACUGUUAUUGGAAGUUUUUUAUUGGAAACAAAAUCAGAUAAUAUACAUGUUUGUGGAGUCUUGGUGUUGUGUUAUUCCCAUUACAGUUUCUAUAAUUAAGUUGUUCACACAUGCAUGAUGAAUUGCCGACCUAUAGUGUUCCUUAAUCCGCUGUAAGCGAUAAUUCUAAAGCCAUUACCAUAUAACCAUAUUUCAUAUAAUCGUUUUCGGAAUUGGCAUUGCUGACUUAUAGUUAUGCAUGGCAGAACACUUGUAACAAAUAACAGCUUUGUUUCUGACCUUGCAAGACCGGAACAACUUCAAACUGACUGGCUGUUUGUUACCACAAGUAGCUUGUAUGGCAGCCUUGUUUGUAUAUAAAUAUCUCUUUCAUUUCUUUCAAAUGUUUAUGAAAAAUUAUUUUAUACACUAUUACGUGACUUGUAUCUUUACUGUAGGAUUGAAAUACCAAAAACAAUGCUUCAAAAGUUGUAUUCUUGUUCUUUGUUGCCUCAGUGAUCGGAAGUGCAGGUGAGUGUCGUAGGGCACUUGUACACUUGUACACGCAAAGAUAUACGUAGGGCACUUGUACACGCAAAGAUAUUCAUAGAGGGAAAAUUUUUAUGCCUUGGCAUCGACUUUGAUUGUUUAAACUUUUAAAGAUUUUCCCGAUUCCCCAUUUUAAAGAUAGCCGCCCAUAUUGUUUUAUAAAUGUAAAAUGACUAAUAAUUGCACCAUUUUUCAGCUGCAUCUGAGCAAAAGUGGGAUUAUCAUUCAGCUGAAUACGGUAUGUAAAUCUUGGUAGGCUACAUUACAACUGCUGGUGAACACGAUGACCAAUCAUCAUGAAACAUCAUCAGCUAGUGGUUUAUAUAUAAUAGCCUGCCGGUUAUUCUGUGACCAGGGAUUGAUUCCUGAAACUAUAACUUCACCUCACACGAGAAGAUUGCUUCAAGUACUACCUUACUUUACUAAACACUGUAGAGUUUCUCUUGGUAUACGAGUAAAUAUUGCGCAUCUACACUAGAUAACUAUUUAAGGAAGAAUAUAUUCAUGAAUUUGUGGUUAGAGCUCGACAACUGGCCUCUGUAGCUCAGUUGGAUAGACCGCUGCACCGGAAUCGCAGGGCCGCAGAUUCAAUUCCUGCCAGACAGAGCCUAUAGUUGCAUUUUUCGAAACUGUUCCUGGUUAAGACCAACAAAUGUAUAAAAAUUAACACUCGCAAUUUCCAUCUGGAAAAGCCUUUCUUUAUGUGCCCUAAUUUUCUCCUCUUGUAACACUGGGUGAAUAAGGGAAGGGCCUUACUGGACCUCCAGGAAAGACAGUUUAGAAGUGAUACAGCUAUCCAGUAUAAAUAAAGUUAGUUAGUUUAGUUUAGGUUUCCUCCUGUAGUAACACUGGACAAUAAGAGAUGAUCCUUAUUGGAGCUCUAGAAAGGACAGUUUAGAACUGACAGAGCUAUUCAGUAUAAAUAAAGUUAGUUUAGUACAUACUUUGAUGAAUCAUUCUUCAAUGAAAGCGUAUCCACGCAACGAGAAUCCACGCAAUCAAGGAAACUUCAAUAGUGUAGAACCUAAAGUAACGAUAAGAAAAUAAUGAGUUAAAGGUUAAACGCAAUUCGUUGCGAAAUUGAGGGAUUGUAUCUCUUACUCUAGGCGUCAAUACAUGGCCAGAGCACUUUCCAACGUGUGGAGGAACUAACCAAUCGCCAAUAAACAUCAGCAACCCAACGUACAGCUCCUUGGGAAAUAUCUGGUUCACCAACUAUGGUGCUAUCCCAUCAAGCGUGCAAACAACUGCAACAAAUAACGGUCACAGUUACAGUGUGACAUUCAGUGGCUAUACAGACAGUUCUAACCCGAAAAUCGCAAACGGAGGCUUGCCUGGAGUUUUCAAACUGGUGGAAUUUCACUUUCAUUGGGGGAGUGAUGAUAGCCAGGGAUCUGAACAUCGCGUAAACAACAGGGCUUUUCCAGCCGAGGUGGGUACAGGUGUACCAUCUAUGAACUUUAAGCUGAAUUUAGUACUGUUGUAGAAUUUGAAUUUAUACUGGACUUUUAUGGAGAACAAUCUGAUAUUAUUCUUUUCGUUUCCAGUUACAUUUGGUCCAUCUCAAUACGAAAUAUUCCAACUUUACUGAAGGCGUGAAGCAUGCUGAUGGUCUGGCAGUUCUCAGCGUGCUUCUUAGGGUAAGAAGUGAAUCUAAUUAGCAUAAUAUACGUCACUAUAAAAAAACUCAACCAGGUUGUAUAGCUUUGUCACAAGUUCGGUGCUUAGACAUCAAAUUCUGAUCACUUCUACUGUAUAAUUUACUUUGCGAUUAUUUUCAUUGAUUGAUCUUGUCCACUUGCUAAAGAUUAUAUUUAUGCAUGACCCGGCAUGAUUCAAGCGUUGUUUCAAGGUAGUCAUUGAAAGAGAAAAUGUUUUCAGAUACACAAAGGAUUUUACUCAUGACUAAUCACCGACAAUGGAACCAACUCGCCGACUGUCGGCGUCAUAUGGAAAUUAUGGAAACUAAGCGUAACGUUUUUAGGAUCCCAGUCAAUCUGUUAGGGGCCCUAAUGGAGCAAUAAGCGCUCUACGCUUUGGCUACGUUUUAUCUAUAAAUAAAUACAUUUUCUUUACAGCGAGGACGACACAACAACAACAAUUACAAUUUUCUAAAUAGCGCGGCACAACAAGUCCCCUAUCCAGGUAUGUGCACAAUAACAAAUUAUAAACAAACAACAAACAAUAACAAGUCAAAAACACUAAACAAACAACAAACAUACAAACAAACAGCAACAAACAAACAAACAAACAAACAACAACAACAAACACACAAACAACAACAACAAACACACAAACAACAACAAACAACAAACAAACAAACAAACAAACAUACAAACAACAACAAACAUACAAACAAUAUACAAACAACAUACAAACAACAUACAACAACAUACAAACAAACAACAUACAAACAACAUACAAACAACAUACAAACAACAUACAAACAACAUACAAACGGCAUACAAACAACAUACAAGCAACAAACAAACAGAAACAGACAAACAAACAAACAAACAAACAAACAAACAAACAAACAAACAAACAACAAUAAACAUACAAACAACAACAACAAACAUACAAACAACAUACAAACAACAUACAAACAACAAACAGCAACAAACAAACAACAAUAAACAUACAAACAACAACGGCGACCAUGGCGACCAUCACGGUUGGAGGAACGCUAACAAAAUAAUAUCAUUAGCAGCUAUUGUCUUGUAAAUCUCAAAAGAUUGAUCGCAAACCAGCAAUUAUGAUCCUGACAUUUCUUUCCAUUUAGACAAUACAGCAACGAUUGCUGUCUCCUCAUUAGCGGGUUUACUCCCCUAUCAUAAAUCAUUCUAUCGCUACCAAGGAUCAUUGACCACCCCCGAAUGUGAACAAGUUGUCACAUGGACUGUAUUUGCCAACACUGUUAAAAUCUCUGAAGCACAGGUAACCAGCACGUUAUAUCAUGUGAAAUUGUUAAUUGAAAACUUAUAUUUUUUCGGGUAGUUCAGACACAAACCACGACACCUUAUUGUAGAACACUACCCACACUGGACCACCACGUUUGAGAUAUCUAUUUCAGGUAUAGUUCAGACACAAACCUCGACAGCUUAUUGUAGAAUACUACCUACACUGGACCACCACGUUUGAGAUAUCGUUUUCAGGUAGUUCAGACACAACCAUGGCAGCUUAUUGUGGAACACUACCUAACCCCACGUUUUAUGUUUCUUUUCCAGCUGAACGCCCUACGUGGUAUGAAAUAUCGUGAUCCAGUGAACCACCAGUUGAAACAGCUGGUGAAUAACUACAGACCCACUCAGCCACUAAAUGGUCGUAGGGUGUUGGCUAACUUUGGAAGCAAUAACCAUGGCCAUCACAGCGGGGGACACCACCAUGGCCAUGGAAAAUAAUUCCAUAUUCCUUGCAAGCUUGGUGCUGGUUUUACUACGAUUUUUUUAGAAACAUGUUAGACGUUUCAUAGAAUUUGACAAUUAAGGUUUAUUUUUAUGCGCACCAAAAAGGCUGCCUAGUAAAUAUUAAGGCAUCACUGAGCUUUCGUAAUUUCAACAAUAAUUUGUAUAUUAUCGUUGUAUUUAACUUAGAAUCUUACAAAUAAAUGCACAAAAAAUCGACUAAAUAUCAGACUUUAUAGACCAAUUAAGAUCAGACAUUAUAGACCAAUACAAAAGUGAAUCAAUUAGUAAGUUAUUUAAUUAGCUAGUUAACUACUUAAUUGGUUAAUUAACUAGCGAAAUGGUCAGUUAGCUGGUUAUUUAGGUUGUUCAUUAGAUGGUUAAUUGCUAGUUAGCUGUAGUAAUCAGUUAGCUAAUUGUUACUUAUUUGUCGCUGAAAAAGCACACGCGCAAACAAAAUGGAAACUUUCAUAUAAACGCUUUUUCAAUUGUUAAAGAUGUGGUACGGUCCGUCGUGCGCAUGCGUGUGAUAUAAACAGUUUACCAAGGUUGUAUUUUUUAAAAAAAAUAUGAGAAUGCAGCCUUGAUAAUUUGUUUCACUCUCGAAUAUAUUAUGUCACCGCUUUGUACAUGAAAUUCAUUAUUUGGAUACAAAAUUGCAAACAAGGCCACAUAAAUGAUUCUUGAUUCUCUCAUUCUCAUCACCGCCCGACUGUAUUUUAAGAGCUUCGUGAAUAUUUUUUAUAUUCUGUUAUACAAUAUAAAUGCACCGCCCGACAAAAUAUUUCGACAAAGUUAUAUUUUAUAUUGGGUUUUCAGUGUCAUUUUUUAAACAGCGAACUUCAAACAAACAGAACCUCGAAAGAAAUUUCAUUGCAUUUUAAAGGGGCUUUGCACGUCAGUUUCGAAAUUGUGUUCGGCUUUUUUCCAAUUUUGGAUAUUGUAAUAAUAAGGGCGAUAAGGAGCAAUUCACUCAAACGAUUUAGACAUAUAAUGUGAAAAAGUGAUGUGAAAAAGCGCUGGAUAUUAAAAUUAAAAAUAGUUGGCCUAGGUCUAGGCUGUUGUCGAACUAGUGUUCCUUAAUCCGAUGUAAGUGACAAUUCUGGAGUCCAUUACCAUAUUUCAUAUAACCGUUUUUGGAAUUAGCAUAUUGCACAUAUUGUUGGAAACUGGUAGACUUAUAGUAGGAAUAAAACAAUAUUAUACUUAAUAAUUAGAACUUUAGAAUAUUAUAACUAGGGCAGUCAAGGUGAGAACUCGUACCAAGGGGCACCAGCACAUUGGCAACUUGUACCAAGGGGUACCAACCUGUGUAAAGUAGUCGUGUCAAUGUGUACCUGGUACCAAAGGCGAAUAGAAGGGUUGAGAAAUUAGUGUUGAAAAAACAUAUAGUUGAGAGCGUGUCCUUGGUAAAACUAUAUAUACAUACGAGUGAAAAGAACAUAGGUAAAACUAUACGGGAAAUUAAGUGAUAUAUACAAUAAUGUUAUUAUUACUAUUAUUACAAUAUUGCCUGCUCCCAAAAGGGCUUUUCAGCAGGUAAUUACAAAUCAUUUAUAUACUACAAACAAUAUAUAUAUACACCCACAAACAUACGAACAUACAUACAAACACAAAUUAAAAAUUUUAUAAUUAUUAGUAAUGUCACUUUAAAAAUGAUUAGCUACUUCCUAAUAAAAUCCAUACAGUAAAAACGUUUAUAUGCUAAUUUAAACAAGUCCAAAUUGUCUAAAACUAUUAACUACUUUCUAAAAAUCCAUGCAAUAAAUGACGUUUAUAUUCUAUUUUAGACCGGUCCAAAGUGUCAAUGUCUUUAAUAUGAUUUGGGAGCUCAUUCCAAAUAGACACUGCGCGAUAAUGAAACGUUCGCUGUCCAGAAGCCGAAUUAUACAGUGGAAUGUUUAACUUAUCCUUAUUUCUGGUGUUAACACUGUGGAUCUUUAAUCUCAUUUCGAAUUUGUCACACAAGUAUGGCGGAGCUAACCCUUUCAUGCACUUAAAUGUCAUAACCGCAUCCCUGAGUUUUAACAUACACUCAACUGGAAGCCAAGCUAACUGCUGAAGGAUAGGCGUCACAUGGUCAUAUUUUCUGAUUCCAGUAAUAACGCGUGCCGCGAAGUUCUGCACGCUUUGGAGUUUUGUCGAUGUUAGUAAUGUCGAUGUAAAGACGAGCUUAUGAUAAAGUGAGUGUGAAUUGUGAUUUUAUUAAACUUUAUUAUUCAAUCUUGGACUAUUGUGAAUUGUUGGGUGAAACAUCGGAGGCAAUCGUACUUCGCAGCGUACUCUUCGAUCAAAUGGAAAUGAAUUGCUCCAGAUUCCUUAUUCUAGACUAAAGACAUACGGAGACAGAUCGUUCUGUGUUGCUGGACCAAGAUUGUGGAAUGAUUUACCUGUUCAUCUUCGGAUGUGUGAAUCAUUAACCAUUUUUACGAAGUUUCUUAAAACAUAUCUUUUUAACUUGUUUUUAAAUAGUGUAUGAUGUAUUCUAUAGUUUUAACAUUCUUAACACUAGUUUUUAAGAUUGGAUUUUGUAUUACUGUAAAGCGCCUAGAACAGUCUUGGUUUGUGCGCUAUAUAAAUGUUUUUUAUUAUUAUUAUUAUUAUUAACAUUCCUUUGAUUUAAAUAAACAUAAACUAAAAAAACAUAAACAUAAACAUAAACUACCUACAUAAACUUUAACUUUGAUUUUCCUGACUUACACAAGGUGAAAAUUACUUCGCCCUACGCGAAUUAGACCUAGGCCUUUACUCGGCUGGUUUUGACUGGUUUGGUCAAUUUUGGGCCAGCAUUUGGUAAGUAUUGUCCUCCUCCGCCCCGCCCCCAAAUCGCCUAGAUCCCAGUCUCCUCAUGUGCUACCUCAUGUGAAAAAGCGCUGGAUAUUAAAAUUAAAAAUAGUUGGCCUAGGUCUAGGCUGUUGUCGACCUAGUGUUCCUUAAUCCGAUGUAAGUGACAAUUCUGGAGUCAUUACCAUAUAACCGUUAUUGGAAUUAGCAUAUUGCACAUAUAGUUAUGCAUGGCUGAACACUUGUAACACUCUGUUUCUGGCCUGGCAAGACCGGAAUAAUCUCAAAGUGACUGGUUGUUUGUUACCACAAGUAGCUUAACACAGCAGGCUUCUUUGUACAUACAAAUCUCUUUCAUUUCUUUCAAAUGCAGUUUAUGAAAAAUUAUCGUAUACACUAUUACGCGACUUAUAUCUUUACUGUAGGAUUUAAAUGCUAAAAACAAUGCUUCAAAAGUUGUCAUUCUCCUUCUUUGUCCUCUCCGUGAUCGCAAGUGCAGGUGAGUGGUCAAGUGGCAUUUUUAUUAUCGCACAACAGGGAACUACAUGGCGUAAAGAAGGGAAGAUUGUUGUCGUUUCACGCGCGCUAAUCAUUCGUUGUCAACCAACUUUUCAGCACUUGUACACGCGCAAAAAUAUUUAUAGAGGGAACAUUUUUACGGUUUGGUAUUGAGUUUAUUGUUUGUUAAGUUUCUCCACUCAUUGGUGAGCGGAUUUCCCAGCAUGCUAUUGCCCCAAUGGACAAGUUGCAUGUUAGACUAAAUUUUAAUCUAAGUAAAGAGAAGGGAAUCAAACACCACAGCUAAAAAGAACAUAAUGGAAUUAGUAAAAUUGCAAAAUUUGGUUGCGAAAUGUUGUAAAGCUUGGAAAAUAUAGCCUCGCAAAGUUUGCAAAUUUUGUAUAUGUUUGUAUUACGUGCGGAAAUUGUUACCAUUUAAAUGGUAACAAUUUCCGCACGUAAUACUUACAUAUACAAAAUAUGCAAACUUCGGAAGGCUAUAUUUUUCGUAUUAUAGUUACAAUAUUUCGUAACCAAAUUUUGCAAUUUUACUAACUUUUAUAAGUUCUUUACGGGAAUUUACUUUUUUUUGCCUGGAUCAAAAAUGAGUCUAACAUGCAAGUUGUCUAUUGAUAACAUCCUUAUUCGAGAAGAUGCGAAAGUCUAACCAUUUACUGAUUUCAAUGUAAACGUAGCUCUUUCUCCUUAGUUAUUUUAAGACCUUGUGUCGACCAAGGAUUGCACCCGGGUCUCCCUAAUUGACUUUGAUUGUUUAAACUUUCAAAGUUGAAAGUUAUAAACGUAAUAAUGACUAAUAAUUGCACCAUUUUUCAGCUGCAUCUGAGCAAAAGUGGGAUUAUCAUUCAGCCGAGUACGGUAUGUCGAUCUUCGUUUACAUUACGACUGCUGGUGUUUAUUGGUUGUGUCAUGAAAUGCCAUUUAUUUAACCUGCUGUUUUAGUUUAUGUAUUUCUGCACGUCUGUUUAUUUCAAAACUUCAGAGGAGACAACCCCUAUAGUGACCCACACAAAAUUUCUGAAGAAACAUUUCCAAAUUUGCAAACAAGUUGUUGGAAAGUUUGCUUUGAGUUUUAGCUUAACCUAGGGACCGGUCAUUAUUUAUGGAAGGCGGGGGAGGGGAAAAAUAAGAGGGGGGCAUAUGUAUAAAUAAAUUACUAGAGGGGGGGCAAAGUUUUUUUCAGGAUUUUCUCUUGGGUCCGUUUUUGCAGAGAAGAUUGAGUUUAGCUGAACAGUUGGGGUGGCUGCACCCCCCCCCUUUCAAUAAAUGUAGUUGAGAUGCAAUGUGUUAAAGCAGGGGCACUAAGGGACACUAUAAACUGGUUAAAGAUGGUGAAUGCGUAGUUUUUCUUGUGUUGUGAGAUGAAUUCCAGCCAUUUUCGGGUUUCCGACUGAAAACUAAUUUCCACACGUCACGAAUUUAACUCAAACAACUUCAUUUUUACUGCACCGAAACUUUGGUGAGAAGAUUGAGUUUCAAAACUCAAUUCAAGAUUGAGUUUUUUACGGCCCUAAAAAAUCCCUGGAAAAAUCUCUGGGGCUAUUAAAUUUUUUCAAGAAAAUGAGGGGGCAGGGUUGCCAUUAAAUUUGAAGGAAUUUGCUUAAUAAAUCAUGGUCACUGAUAUGAAAUAGUCUGGAUUUAUGAGUGUCUUUUGUGUACUCUAUGCAAAUCAGUUUUUACCGAUUGCAGAGAUAAAUUGACAAUGUAUUAUUACAUCAGCUAUCUUGACAUGGUUACAAUCGCCCAGACCAAAUGGAAAUCUGAUUUUAGUGUUAUAUAUAAAAAUACUCCUCUUUUAAUUACGAUUUUCUGCAAACAUAUAUUUUUGGUCGACGUUAAUAUCUUAUCAGUUCCAUAUUAUUAUUUAAUAAUUAAUUAUAACUUCAGAUCAUAUGAGAAGAUUGUUUCGAGUUUUACAUUACUAAAAAACACCAGGGUUUUCUCCAUGUAUGCUGCACAAGUUUCCUCCUGUAGUAACACUGGAUCAAUUUGAGAGGACUCCUACUGGACCUCUAGGAAGAACAGUUUAGAACUGAUGGAGCUAUCCAGUAUAAAUAAAGUUAGUUUAGUUUAGGUUUCCUCCUGUAGUAACACUGGAUCAAUUUGAGAGGACUCUUACUGGACCUCUAGGAAGAACAGUUUAGAACUGAUGGAACUAUCCAGUAUAAAUAAAGUUAGUUUAGUUUAGGUUUCCUCCUGUAGUAACACUGGAUCAAUUUGAGAGGACUCUUACUGGACCUCUAGGAAGAACAGUUUAGAACUGAUGGAGCUAUCCAGUAUAAAUAAAGUUAGUUUAGUUUAGGUUUCCUCCUGUAGUAACACUGGAUCAAUUUGAGAGGACUCUUACUGGACCUCUAGGAAGAACAGUUUAGAACUGAUGGAGCUAUCCAGUAUAAAUAAAGUUAGUUUAGUUUAGGUUUCCUCCUGUAGUAACACUGGUUGAAUACGAGAUGAUCCGUACGGAACCUCUAGGAAGAAUAGUUUAUACAGUAUAAGGUUGGGUUAGUACAUACUUUAAUCAAGCACACUUCGACGAAAGCGUACCACCCAAAGAGAAUCCACGCAAUCAAAGAAACUUCAAUAGUGUAGAACCUAAAGUAACGAUAAGAAAAGAAUGAGUUAAAGGCUAAACGCAAUUCGUUGCGAAAUUGAGGGAUUGUAUCUCUUACUUUAGGUGUCAAUACAUGGCCAAAGCACUUCCCAACGUGCGGAGGAACUAGGCAAUCGCCAAUAAACAUCAACAACCCAAUGUACAGCUGCUUAGGAAAUAUCUGGUUCGCCAACUAUGGUGCGAUCCCAUCAAACGUGCAAAUAAAAGCAACAAAUAACGGUCAUAGCUACAGCGUAUCAUUCACUGGCUACACAGACCGUUCUGUCCCGAAAAUCGCAAACGGAGGCUUGCCUGGAGUUUUCAAACUGGUGGGAUUUCAUUUUCAUUGGGGGAGUGAUGUUAGCCAGGGAUCUGAACAUCGCCUAAACAACAUGGCAUUCCCAGCUGAGGUGGGUAUAGGUGCACCAUCUAUGAACUUUGCUGAAUUUAGUGCUGUUGCAGAAUUUGAAUUAAUAGUGGACUUUUAUGGAGAACAAUCUGAUAUUAUUCUUUUCGUUUCCAGUUACAUUUGGUGCAUCUCAAUACGAAAUAUUCCAGCGUUCCUGAAGGCGUGAAGCAUGCUGAUGGUCUGGCUGUUCUUAGUGUGCUUCUUAGGGUAGGAAGUUCAAUCUAAUUAGCAUAAUAUUCGUCAGCAACUCAAAGUCUAAGGUGGUAUAGCUUUGUCUCAAGUUCGAUGCUUAGACAUCAAAUUCUGAUCAUUUCUACUGUAUAAUUUACUUUCCGACUAUUUUGAUUAAUUGACCUUGCCCAUUCGCAAACAUUAUUUAUGAUUUAUGGUUUGGGAUAUUUCAGAUCCGUCAGAGCACCUAGUCACCAGAAUCACCAACUUUAUUUAUUAUGAUUUUUUUAUGAACCGGCAUGUUUUAUGUUUUUAGGAUCCCAGUCAACCUACCUGUUAGGGGCCCUAACGGAGCAAUAACUGCUUUAAUUGUUUGGCUACGUUUUAUCUAUAAAUAAAUAAAUAAAUAAAUAAAUACAUUUUCUUUACAGCGAGGACGGCACAACAACAACAAUUACAAUUUUCUAAAUCGCGCGGCACAACAAGUCCCCUACCCAGGUAUGUGAACAAUAGCAAAUUAUAAACAAACAAACAAUAACAAGUCAAAACCACUAAACAAACAGCAAGCAAGCAAGCAAAUUCCAUGUUGGAGGAACGCCAACAAAAGAAUAUCAUUAGCAGCUAUUGUCUUAUAAAUCUCAAAAGAUUGAUCGCAAACCAGCAAUUAUGAUCCGGACAUUUCUUUUCAUUUAGACAAUACAACAAAGAUUAAUAUCUCCUCAUUAGCGGGUUUACUCCCAUGUCAUAAAUCAUUCUAUCGCUACCAAGGAUCAUUGACCACCCCUGAAUGUGAACAAGUUGUCACGUGGACUGUAUUUGCCAACACUGUUGAAAUCUCUGAAGCACAGGUAACCAGCACGUUAUAUUGUGUGAAACUAAUCUCAAAAGUGGUGGUUCAGUGUUAGAGAUAUCGUUUUCAGAUAGUUCAGACACAAACCACGGCAGUUUAUUGAAGAAUACUACCCUACACUGGUAGUUCAGACACAAACCAUGACAUCUUAUUGUAGAAUACUACCUAACCCCACGUUUUAUGUUUCUGUUCCAGCUGAACGCCCUACGUGGAAUGAAAUAUCGUGAUCCAGUGAACCAACAGUUGAAACAGCUGGUGAAUAACUACAGACCCACUCAGCCACUAAAUGGUCGCAGGGUGCUGGCUAACUUUAGAAGCAAUAGCUGUCCUGGCCAUCACGGCGGGGGACACCAUGGCCGACACGGCGGGGGACACCAUGGCCGACACGGCGGGCGACACCAUGGCCGACACGGCGGGCGACACCAUGGCCGACACGGCGGGCGACACCAUGGCCGACACGGGGGGCGACACCAUGGCCGACACGGAGGGCGACACCAUGGCCGACACGGGGGGCGACACCAUGACCGACACGGCGGGCGGCACCAUGGCCAACACGGAGGGCGACACCAUGGCUUCGGAAAAUAAUUCUAUAUUCCUUGCAAGCUUGUUACUGGUGUUACUGGUUUAUUUUCUUAAUUUCAACAAUAAUUUGUAAAAUUUAAUAUGCACCCAUAAUUCAUAUUAUCGUUGUAUUUAGCUUAGAAAUUGAAAAAUAAAUGCACAACAGAAUCGACUAAAUAUCAGACUUUAUAGACCAACACAAGAGUGAAUCAAUUAGUAAGUUAGUUAAUUAGUUAGUUAUCCACUUAAUUGGUUAAUUAACUAGCGAAAUGGUUGUUCAUUACAUGGUUAAUUGCUACUUAGUUGUAAGCUGUUGUAGCAAUCAGUUAGCUAAUUGUUACUUAUUUGCAGCUAAAAAAGCACACACACACACGAAGUGGAAACUUCAAAUAAACGCUUUAAUAUCAAUUGUUAAAGAUGUAGUACGGUCCGUCGUGCGCAUGCGUGUAAUAUAAACAGUUUACCAAGGUUGUAUGAUCGGUUAUUUGUUUUUAAAAAGUAUGAUAAUGCAGCCUUGAUAAUUUGUUUCACUCUCGAAGUAGGAACAUAUAUAUAUAUUGUCACCUCUUUGCACUAAGUUCAUUAUUUGGAUACAAAAUUGCCAACAAGGCCACAUAUAAUAAAUUCCUUGAUUCUCAUCACCACCCGAGUGUAUUUUAAGAGCCUCGUGAAUAUUUUUUAUAUUCCGUUAUACAAUAUAAAUGCACCGCCCGACAAAAUAUUUCGACAAAGUUAUAUUUUAAAUUGGGUUUUCAGUGUCAUUUUUUAAACAGCAGCGAACUUCAAAUAAACAGAACCUCGAAAGAAAUUUCAUUGCAAUUUAAAGGGCUUUGUACGUCAGUUUCAAAAUUGUGUUCGGCUUUUUUCCAAUUUUGGAUAUUUUAAUAAUAAGGGCAAUAAGGAACAAUUCACUCAAACGAUUUAGAAAUGUAUUGAAGUCGUCAAAGAAAUCACUCAGCGGAAUGACGAAAUAAACAAAAAUUUCCGAACACAAUCUUUUAGAACAACUAUUUUACUGUAUAAAAAUGAUAUUUUCAUAAAUAUAUCUUAAAACCAGCAGGAAAACAACUUUUGAAAGCGCAAAGAUACCAGCAAUUCCUGAAUAAUUCUUACAUUAUUUUAUUGUUUGUCAAUUUUACAACUUUACCAUAUUUUGCAUGCACUGGCGAGCAUUUGGUGAAAAUUUGAUGAAAAUCGGACUGAUAUUGAGCGCGCAGUAGCGACUUUCCGCAAAACGCCAAAAAGGGUGCACGUGACCUGCAACCUUAAACUCCCUAUAGUCCAUGAAGAUACGUUGGAGAUGACACAUUGAGUCGAAAUUACAUCACACAUGGAGUUGAAAAGAAUAUUCAUGAAUGCAUAAAGAAGACCAAGCCUGGUAUUAAAGCCAUGUCUAUAAACUUAUAAUAUCGUUGUGUGAUCUGCUUGUCAACAUUUCUCCCAUAAGUUCUACACGGCCCUUGGAAAACCAGCACUGUGACUGAAUCAGGCUACCGUGUGUAAAGAAUUUAAAUUAAAUUCAAACACUCAUUAAUAAUUCAUAAGCUUAUUGACGAAUCAUGUCAACCAUAAUAUGUCACGUGCAGUGGCUUUAAACCUGAUAAAACACUCCUAAUUGGUAUUCUUUAUAUAAAGAAUACUAAUAAGGCAGUAUCUAUUGUAGUCGUGUCCUCAUUAGUAUUCUUUAUAUAAAGAAUACUAACAAGGCAGUAAAUCUAUUGAAUUUGUAGUCGUGUUUGAAGCCGUUUAAUAAACUCGCAGGUCGUGUUUUAUUAGGUCUAAAGCCACUCGCGCUGCGCGCUCGUGGCUUUAAACCUAAUAAAACACUCCUGCUCGUUUAUUAAACAGUACAUUAAAGACUAACGUAAUUGCAUUUACCUCCCAGCGCAACUAAUUUUAGAGAGAAAUUAUUUCUAAAUUAAUCCUUUAAAAGCGUCUGUGGAGAAAGGGAUGUGCGCAGUGGUCAAUGCAGCGUAAAAAAAUGAAAAUUUUAACAAUUUGACAUUGACUUUCAUUUUUAAAGUCUGACGCCCACAAAUCAUGCGUGGGUGAGGUGAAACUCACAACAUAAUAUAAAAUUGGUGCCUUCAGUGGUCAGAUGCAGUCGGGGUUACAGGUUGCUUUCCUGAAGAAAGAACGGUGAACAGUUCAGCGCGCUUUAUAUUUGGAUUGAUUCGAUCAGGUAUGUCAUUGUUGAAAUGUAAUUUCUUAUUUGCUUAAACUUGUGCCAUAAGAUAAUACUGGUUCGCGUUAAUAUGUACUGACAAGGGAAUUUAUGAAUUCAAAUAAACAAGAUUUAAUUGAAAAGCUAUCUUUGCAACGACAUCGCGUUCUUGCAAGGUUCAAUUGCGCAUCUCGAAAUGACGCAGCGUCGAAUGAGAAUUGCAGUUGAAUGAUGACAAGUAUAGCUCCUGGAUGAAAUCUUUAUACGAUUACGAGUAGCAUUUCCGCAGCGCAAAUUUACGCAUGCAUAUGAUCAAACGCGCUUUACAUCAAGUAUUAUACGCUUAUCUAAUUCCUUACUUAGCCUAGACUAUUUUAUCUUUAGAACAAUUGUGAUACUACUUUCUUAACUAACAGCGUUUAUCCUAACCCACCCUGUCAACUUUCCCUGUGGGAGGAAACCGGAUCGAGCACCCGGAGAAAUCCCACGACUUUCGGCAGAGCGUUGACUUUUUUGUGUGGUUAAAGUAUUUCUCCCUUACAAUGGACCAUUUGCAUUAUAGACUAAAUUUUGAUCUAGACAAAUAUUUCGUCACAGCUUGAAAGAGCAUCACAAAAUUAGUAAUAUUCCAAAGUUUCGUUGCGAAAUGUUGUAAAAUGCGGAUAAUAUAGCCAUGCGAAGUUUGCCGUUUUUCAGUCAUUUUGUAUUACGCACGGGAAAUUGACAGCCCAAUCGGGUGUUGGGGCAUCAAUUUCCCCAGCCUAGUUCCUAGUCGUUCUGCAGGGGCAACGAAAAACGAACCGUCGAUCGAUAAAACUAGCUUAGGUAUGACGUCAGUUAGUUGUGACGUCACCGCUACCCCUCUCCCACCACAAUUACCCCUUCGUACCCCUAUAAACCAAGCAUAGCAAGCGCGCGAGAGAGCCUAUGGCUAGGCUGCAAUUUCCCGUUUGUAAUCUAAAAUGACUGAAAAUUGCAAAUUUCGCAAGGCUAUAUUAUCCGCAUUUUACAACAUUUCGCAACGAAACUUUGAAAUAUUACUAAUUUUGUGAUGCUCUUUCAAGCUGUGAUGAAAUUUUUGUCUAGAUCAAAAUUUAGUCUAUAAUGCAAAUGGUCCAUUACAUUUCUGCGGGUAGUAUCCGCCCCCCAAUUCUAGUGAAAGAAAAAUGCUCAGGUUUGUAAAGAUUUUUUAAACAGUCUUCAUAGAGCUGUGCGGUUCCAAAAAAUUUAUCUCGGUUCCGGUUUUUUUGAAACAGGAAAACCUCGGUUCGGUUAUUUUCAAAAACGAAGAACAGUGCAAAUAUGAACUCAAUUAUGUAUGUUUCGAGCAAUUUUACUAUAUAGAUGAAUUUAUGUCUUUGUAAGUUUGUAUAGAUCUCUGAAUAUUUUAAAAGAACAAUUGGAAUUUAUUUAUGAACAUGAAAUAUUUAUUUUUCAAAAAAAUUUAAAGCAAGUGCACAACAAUAACUAUCACAACUAAAAUAUCAACUAUUUGAGCACUUAGUACAGUGCAUAUUAUGCACAAAGAGCACAAUCUUGUUAUUUUCCAAACAUUUCAACAUGCAAUCAGGUGGGUGUUUCGUGGGCGUUAAACGGGAAAUGAAAACCGAAACUACCAUUUACGUUCAUAAUUAUAGAACGAAAUGUUUUACAAUGGUGGUGUGGACGUUUUCUAAAUUUUUCAUGCAUUCAAACGAAUCCUGUUGACGCAUUUCAAUUUAUUCAACCCUUUCCAUUGUUGCAUUAAUUUUAUACUGUUCUUAUUGCAAACAAAAUGAGAUAAUAUACAUGUUUGUGGUGUCUUGGUGCAUGAGGUGAUAUUCCCAUUACAGUUUUUAAAAUUAAGAAGUUCACAUGAUGAAUUGUUGAGCUAGUGUUGCAUCCGCUGUAAAUGAUAAUUCUGAAGUAUUUCAUAUAACCGUUUUCGGAGUUAGCAUUGCACCUAUAUAGUUAUGCAUGACUAAACACUUGAAUAACAAAUAACAGCUUUGUUUCUGGCCUUGCAAGACCGGAACAACUUCAAACUGACUGGCUGUUUCUUACCAACACAAAAAUCUCUUUCAUUUCGUUCAAAUGUUUAUGAAAAAUUCUUUUAUACAUUAUUAUGUGACCUAUAUCUUUAUUGUAGAUUAAAUACCAAACACAAUGCUUCAAAAGUUGUUAUUCUUGCUCUUUGUUCCCUCCGUGAUCGGAAGUACAACAGGUAAGUUGGCGAUAGUGGCGUAGCCAGGGCCAUAUUUUUGGAAGGGCAAAGCGAAAACCAAAGGCGUGAGAGGUGGUCUGGGCAUGUUCCCUCUUAAAAUCUGGAGUCCCUGAUGAAGAACAUCAAAGACAUUUAUCGGAUCUCAAAAACGUACCUUUUCCCUGACAUUUGUUUUCGGAAAUAAAUUAAUUGGAAAAGUCACCUUGGAAAACUGGAGGGGUCCGUGUAAUCUUAUUUCCUCUCUAUGAUGCUGGGAGGAAAAAAAACAAUUUUGAUCGGAAAUGUUGCACUUAGGAUUUUUUUGUUGCGAUUAGCGUCGCCCCCCUAUGAUACGCCACUGCUUACGAUUCUGCGAGUUGAAACCCAACUUCUUGCGAUUCUGCUCGACCAACAAACAUAUUUUAAGUGAACGUAUUAAUGUUGAGGGUAGUUGAAAACGAUGGCGCUUUUCUGAGUGGUAAUUGUGUCGGAGAAGAUAGAUAUUUCAAUUUUAGCACUCUACUUGAAAAAAGCACCGUUAUAGUUGCACUAUAGUUUGUAAUUGCAGUGACACCAAGCGCAUCGCAAAACAAAGCUCUAAGAUUGUAAAGAUAUCACUUUAUCAGCUAUAUAACUAAAUCAGCAUGCCGUUUAGACAAAAUAAAUUUAAGACAAAACUGGCAGGGAAUACCUUUUCCUCAAUAUGAACUUCGCAUACCGAAAAUUAUUUAAUAAAGGUCUCGGUACCUUGUGUGUAGACCUGGUAACUAGUGUGUUGCUAUGACAACUGCAUAAACGUUCAAAAUGUGUGCCUAGGUGCACUUACCAACUGUGCCAAAUUUGAUCUUGUAUUUUUCAUUCCCCCUCCACUGUUAUAGUCAGUGGUUAAAUACUUCAUUUAUACACUGGGUAACUCCAUCAGUGUUCUCCCAGAAAUCCAAUAAAGGUCAUCACUUAAAGGUGCUCUACAGUCCGUAUGUAAACAAAGCCUUUGUUUACAUUUUUGUGUCCAAAAUAUUGAGCUUUAUUCGACAACUAUUUAUAUUUUCAAGCUUCUAGAGUAUAAUAAAUGAUCAAGAAACAAUAAUCAGGCUUUUCAAGAACCCAAAACAUAGUUAAACUGUUUGUAUCAUAAAAAGUGGGCUCCUUUGUGCACAUGCGCAGAUCGGACUGUAGAUCACCUUUAAUGUUUUAGUGAAACCUAAACUAACUUAAGCUCGCGGUUAAUAUCGAUGUUGACACUGGAUAGCUAGCUCUUUCAGUGCUAAACUACUUUUCUCACCGAUAGUGGUUCAGUUUUACAACAGUAGAAAAUGAAAACCGCUAAUACCAACUUUAUAGUUCUGAUACUGCAUAGCUGGAACUCUGCAGGAACUCUGCAAGAACUCCCACUCCCAUCAGAGGUACAGGAAUGUACAGAUAAAAGGCACUUGCCAUUUUGGAACAAAAACACCCUAUUUCACGUAGAUAGUUGUAUUCAAAUUCGUGAACAUUUAUUUUCGUGAUUCGCGAGAAGCGUAGAUGUUAACCAGGUCCUACAAGGUCAAGGAUCUUUUUGUGGUUUAUUACAAUAGUAUCAAGACAACGAAAUAUCUAAAUUAAGCAAAAUACAAUUAUCGGGAAACGCAACAUGCGUGAUAACGAAUAUCUUUUUAUCUCCAAAUUACGGGAAUUAUCAGUAAUUAAUUUUAAAAUGCUUUUAGCUUUUAGCAAUAGAUUAAAGUGUAUAAUUGCUUAUAGCAGACAAGCUGUCUGUGUCUUUACAACAUCUCUCCUUGGGAGACCGAGUUCAAAUGAUUUUAAAAAUAACCUCUUUAUUCUAAAUCAUCGACUUUUUAUCUAGAUUAUGCGACGGCCAGAGUUGGAAAAUAGUAAUGUGAAUUAUGGCUUUCAAUUUUCAAAUUGCAAAAUAUAUAAAUGAUGUCAUUCAAAUUCGGCUUCUUGCUCCUAUUUCCUACUGACUAUAGUUUACAGUGGCAUUGCAAGAGCCCUAGAGAGUUUUUUUUAGGGGGGAGGAGGCGAAGCGAGAGCGUGAUACCGGCUGAGGCUCCCCCUGAGAAAACUUGACUUCCCGCGAAUGCGAUUUGGAGCAUUUUGGGGGUGAAAUUUUACCAGAUAUUUCUCCUCAGAUCUAAAUGAAUUGCAUGGAAGUCACCUUGGAAAACUAGAGGAUAGGGUCCGUGUCAUUUCCAGUCUGUGUGUGAUGCUGUGGGGAGAAAAUCCCAAUGUGAUUUUGAUCGGAAAUUUUGCAUUUAGACAAGCCUAGGUUCUGUGAAACGCCAUUUUUGCAAUACUUUUCAUGAGAUACAGAAUAAAUUUCAGCAGAAAUAUUCUUGCUAUGGUAAUGACAUACAUGACAUUUAACAGUUGAAAAUAUAAACUAAAUCCAUUCUCUUCUUGGAAUCAUAUAAACAAACGCUUUAACGAGAUUUUACACAUCAAGCUCCUCUAGUAAAUCGUCGUCCUAAAUCAAGACCAACCUCGUUCCCAGGGUCUCACCUCCGCUUUUUUUUGGGGGGGGGGCGUGGCGGAGGGGAGACCCUGUAAAGCAGGUUGGAUCAAGACUUAGUCAGUUUUAGCUUUGAGAAUGUAACGUGCAUCCCCCCUCCCAAUUUCUCUACGGAUUUAUACUUUUUGAGAGAAUGGUUUUUGUGGUAAUUGGGGGGCGAUAAGAGUGGCGUAAGAAAGGAACCAUUUGUAUCGAGUUUGACGUACACUAAUCAUCAUUCGUUGCCAAACAACUUUAGGCACUCGUACACGCAAAUAUAUUUAUAGGGAGAAAAUUUUUAUGGCUUGGCAUCGACUUUAAUUGUUUAAACUUUUAAAGUUUUUCCGAUUCCCAGGUUAUUCCCCAUUUUAAAGAUAGCCGCCCAUAUUGUUUUAUAAAUGUAAUAAUGACUAAUAAUUGCACAAUUUUCCAGCUACAUCUGAGCAAAAGUGGGAUUAUCAUUCAGCUAAAUACGGUAUGUAAAUCUUCGUUCACAUUACGACUGCUGAUGAUCAUGAUGGCCAAUCAUCAUGAAACGUCGACUCAUCAGAUACUGGAUCAAUAAGAGAUUACCCUUACUGGACCUCUAGCGAGAACAGUUUAGAACUGAUAGAGCUAUCCAGUAUAAAUGAAGUUAGUUUAGUUUACGUUUCCCCCUGUAGUAACACUGGAUCAAUAAAGCCGGUUUUCCACUUCGCCCGUAAGGCGUACCGAAACGUACUGGUGAGCAUGCGCAGAUUGAAAACAGGUUUAUAAAUCCACGUACUUCCGGGUGUAUUCGCGUAUCAAAAUAAAAAGUUCGUCACAAGUCAACUUUUUGGCGUACUACGGAAGUACUAACCAAUCAUCAUUCACGAAAUUUUGAAAUUUAAAAACGUUUUUGAUACGUUUUGGUACGGCACGCUUGAAGUGGAAAACUGGCUUAAGAGAUGAUCCUAACUGAACCUCUAGGAAAAACAUUUCAGUGGAACUGAUAGAGCUAUCCAGUAUACAUAAAGUUAGUUUAGUGUAGGUUUCUUCGUGUAGUAACUUACUGGACCUCUGCAUGGGAAGGACAGUUUAGGGAUUGGCAUAGCUAUCCAGUAUAAAUAGAGUUAGUUUGGUACAUACUUUGAUUAAGCAUACUUCGAUGAAAGUGUAUCCAUGCAAAGAUAAUCCACGCAAUCAAAGAAACUUCAAUACUGUAGAACCUAAAGUAUCGAUAAGGAAAGAAUGAGUUAAAGGUUAAACGCAAUUCGUUGUGAAAUUGAGGGAUUGUAUCUCUUACUUUAGGUGUCAAUACAUGGCCAACGAACUUUCCAACGUGCGGAGGAACUAGGCAAUCUCCAAUAAACAUCAUCAACCCAACGUACAGCAACUUAGGAUAUAUCAAGUUCACCAACUAUGGUAAAAUCCCACCAAACGUGAAAAUAACUGCAGAAAAUAACGGUCACAGUUACAAGGUAUCAUUCAGUUGCUACACAGACGACAAUUCAAUCCCGACAAUUGAAAACGGAGGCUUGCCUGGAGUUUUCAAACUGGCGGAAUUUCAUUUUCAUUGGGGGAGUAAUGUUUGCCAGGGAUCUGAACAUCGCGUAAACAACAUGGCUUUUCCAGCUGAGGUUGGUAUAGGUGUAACAUCUAUCAGUGAACUUUAAGCUGAAUUUAAUACUAUUUUAGAAUUUGAAUUUAUACUGGACCUUUAUAGACAACAAUCCGAUAUUAAUCUUUUCAUUUCCAGUUGCAUUUGGUGCAUACAAAAUAUUCCAGCGUUCAUGAAGGCAAGAAGCAUCCUGAUGGUCUGGCAGUUCUUAGCGUGCUUCUUAAGGUAGGAAAUUUAUAUUCAGUCAAUUUAAUUAACAUAAUAUACGACAUUAUAAGAAAGACUCAACCAGUCUGUGUCCAAGGUUGUAUAAGCUUUGUCUCAAGUUCGAUGCUUAGAUAUUACAUUCCCAUAAAUUCUACUGUAUAAUUUACUGUAUAAAUUCUACUGUAAUUAUUUCGAUUAAAUAAAUUUUCUUCACAGGAAGGACACAACAACGAUAACGACAAUUACAAUUUUUUAAAUCUCGCGGCACAAGUCACCAAGCCAGGAGGUAUGUACAACAAACAAACAAACAAACAAACAAACAAACAAACAAACAAACAAACAAACAAACAAACAAACAAACAAACAAACAAACAAACAAACAAACAAACAAACAAACAAACAAACAAACAUACAAACAAACAUACAAACGAACGAACGAACGAACGAACGAACAAACGAACAAACGAACAAACAAACAACAUGCCAUCAAAAUAUUUCUGACAAUCCAACCUCUUGUUAGGGACCCCACUUUAAUACACAUAGACAGGUCUAAAAAUGUAUACAAAUUUGCGUUCGAAUACUUCAUCUACAAAAAGUCAUCUACUAUUAAUAAAACAGACACCAUGUUCCGACAAUACAUAAUUCUCAUCAUUAGAAAAUUUAUAAAACUGAUACCUUUCUAAUUUGAACACUGCUAUGUCCCUUCAUUCUUUGCAUUCUUCGUUUGCACUUGACGUCAUGGGGGCCAUGUUGGAGGAACGCUAUUAAACAAAAGAAUAUCAUUAGCAGCUGUUGUCUUUGUCAUCCCAAGGGCUGAUCGCAAACCAGCAUAGUUAAUAGAAUAGAUGUUUUGGAAACUCAUUAGAAUAAUGACAACUCAUUAUCUAUGCUGGUCAACGUUUAUUCAUAAAUCUGGUCGUUCACCGUCACGUGCGUAUUGUAUUUUUGCCCAACUAACCAAUGGCAAUGUCUUAGGAAAGUCACCUAUCCGUGACUCGAACAAUAGGGAAAUUGGAAAUUGCUAUUGGUGGAUUUGAUAAAAAUACAAUACACACGUGACGGUGAACGACCAGAUUUAUGAAUAAACGUUGACUAACAUAGAGGACUUAUAUUGUUAUUCUAAUGAAUUUCCAAAACAUCUAUUCUGUUAACUAUGAAACCAGCGAUCAUGAUCAUGACAUUUCUUUUCAUUUAGACACAUCAGACAUUGCUGGCUUCUCAUUAGCGGGUUUACUCCCCAAUGAUAAAUCAUUCUAUCGCUACCAAGGAUCAUUGACCACCCCUGGAUGUGAAGAAGUGGUCACAUGGACUGUAUUUGCUAAAACUGUUGAAAUCUCUGAAGCACAGGUAACCAUGCACGUUAUAUCGUGUGAAUCUGUUAAUUGAAAACUUAUAUUUUAUUAACUCCAACUGUGGUGGUUCAGUGUUAGAAAUAUCAUUUUCAGGUAGUUGACACACAAAUCAUGGCAGGUUAAUGAGCUUAUUGUAAAAGUACUACCUAACUUGGACCUCCACGUCUGAGGUAUUAUUUUCAGGUAAUUCAGACAAGAGCUGCUCCCAUCGGUUAAUUUUCGUAAUCCAUUAAUCGUUGUCAACAAUCGAUUAAUCGUAUUGAUAAUUAGUUUAAAUAUGAAAGACCCAUGGUGGUUUAACAUGUUGCUAAAUUGCAAUUUAACUUUACUAAAUUUUUUGGGGUUUCACCAGUCAGUAUAAACAUUUUAAAUCUGCAUGCGUUUAAAAUGAACGUUGAUCACAAUUAUAGAUUGCGCACGUUCUCGCGCUCUUACACUUCAUACAAGAGACAUGAAAAGACAGGAACGAUAUUUGUUUAGGCCCUUAUCUUUGACACUUCUUUGACACAAGUAAAUUUGCAAGACUCAACCUCUUAAUGGUAAUUGGUUUAUGUCCGCACGCCGCAAUGUUAGACGCAAAUGGUAAUAAAGUCUUCUAGUGAGUGAAAUUGAUGUUUGACCCACAAUGUUUUGAACAGGGACGCCGGAAUUGGGGGGGCAGGAGGGGCCGCCGCCCCCGCUGCCCUUUGGCCUUUACCAGGAGCGGCAAGGGAGGCAAAGGUGCCCUUUGAAUUUAAAGGAUUGCCUUGGCGAAAUAGCGAAUUGUCAGAAAUGUUAGUGCGAUUCCGUUACGAAUUUGCUUCAGAAAACGCAAGAAAUGCAGUCAUCGAGCUUCAAGAAUAGCACAAUCGCCUGGCGGAGAACCCCCUCACACCCCUGGCAUCCAAUAAAUAGAAAACAUGAUUAGGAAAAGUUCAACUCCCGAUGUUUUGCAAACAUCUCUUAGUAUAUAUCAAUUCAAAAGUGCCCUUUCACGAAAAUCUGCCCCCCUUUCAUUCACAUCGUUCCAGCGUCUCUGGUUUUGAAUCAAUUUGUCAUUUAAUGUUUCAAUCACAAUCUUGUCGCAAUUUUUUAAUCCGGAAAGAAAUUUUAAAACUCAUUCCCGCAUCACGCUGUGCGGUGUUAUAGACAAUCCGAUUACUGUUAAGCAUAAUCGAUUGUGGAAAAAUAAUCGAUUAAUUGGAAGCAGCUGUAGUUGAGAUUUCUUUUUCAGGUAGUUCAGACACAAUGCGCGACAGCUUAUUGUAGACUGAACCACCACGUUUGAGAUAUCUUUUUCAGGUAGUUCAGACACAAACUACGGCAGCUUAUUGUAGAAUACUACCUACACUGGACCACCAUGUUUGAGAUAUCUUUUUCUGAUAGUUCAGACACAAACCAUGACAUCUUAUUGUAGAAUACUACCUAACCCCACGUUUUUAUGUUCCUUUUCCAGCUGAACGCACUACGUGGUAUGAAAUAUUGUGAUCCAGUUAACCCUGACCGGUUGAAAUGGCUGGUGGAUAACUACAGACCCACUCAGCCACUAAAAGGUCGCAGUGUGCAGGCUAACUUUAGAAGCAAUGGCUGCGGGCAACACUAUGGCCAUGACGGUGGGCUAUGACGCAUUUUCCAUGUCAAAAAUAACAUUGUGUGUGCAGAUUACCUAAUGAGCAUUGCACACACGAUGAUCACUUGUACACCUAUUAAUAAUCACUUGCACACCUAAUAAUGUAUGUAGCUACUUUAUGUGACCCCUAUUAUAGUACUAGUGCAUCACAUAAUGUAUAUCCGUAGAUCUCCUUAGACUUCCUUAGCGAUCCUUAGACCUCCCUACACCUCCGUAGGCCUCCAUAACCAUCCUUAGAUCUCCCGACCUUAGACUUCCUUACACCUCCGUAGCCAUCCUUAGGCCACCUAUAUGCAUGUCUCCUUAGAUCUCCUCAGUGUCCUCACACAUUCUUAGCCAAUAGCCAUCCCUAUACAUCCGCAGCUUCCUUCGACCUCCUUGGGCCUCACCUUAGAGUUCCCUACUUCUCCUUACUUCUUCCGUCUCAAAAUUUCGAAACUUCUCUAUAUGAGAGUAACCCGAAAAAUGAGGGUAAGGAG